AUGUUUAAUAUUUCAAAUAUUUAUCGAAAUGUAUCAGUUACUUCAUAUUUAUUACAGCAAGCAAGAUUUAAAAACAAGAUACACUGGGCUAAGUUAAAAAAGAAAACAAGUCCAAAAUAUAAAGCAUUGAAUCAUUUCGAUGAUUUCUAUGGAUCAGUGUUUGGUAACAAAUGGCCAUCUAUGCGAGAGGCAUUAUUGCGACGGCCAAAGUAUGUUGCGGUUGUAAAUAAUUACGGAGAUGCUGAGGAGACUUCAGAAUAUCUCACAAAUAGAGGUGCUCAUUGUCUAAAGAAGCUCAUAUCAAUUCAACAAGAGUUCCACAAGCAAUACACUCCUGAACAUGCCCCAGAAAAUCCAACAAGCAUAGAGCAAGAAUCCCAUAAAAUAAAUGAGUUUAUGGCACAACAACACACUAAUGAAAUUUCCAAUAUAUACCCAAAGGGUGACAAUGUACCUGAAAGAUUGGAAAUGCAUGAUGAAGACCAUAGACAAAAUGAAGUUAUUAAAAAUAAGGAUAAAUUUAACCUCCCCACAAAGACAUUAGACCAAUCAAUGGCAGAGGCGGAAAUAGACACAUCGAGGAUCAUUGACCCCUCAUUAGGAAACACAAAUGAAGCUUUGUACCAAUAUAUACCAGCUACUAAGCUGAAAGGAAUAGAUGACUGGGUGCCAGAGUCUUUGCAUUAUUCCUAUUAUUCUAAGGACAAAGACUUCCCUUUAAGUAUAGAACCAGAAGCAGAAUUAAAUUUCCCGGAACAUUUGAAAGUGUUUACAUAUGAAAUGGACAGUGAAUCAAGAGAUUUUCCUGAACCGAGAAGAUGUCAAACAGGUGUAUAUAACUAUUAUCCAAUGGACUGUGGAAGCGUACUCUCGGUAUUGGCUCUAAACUUAACUCCAGGAGACAGGCUGCUGGACUUGUGUUCGGCUCCAGGAGGGAAGGCACUCGUCGCGCUACAGACGCUACUGCCCGAUGUUGUCGUAUGCAAUGAUAUCUCCAUAUCCAGGUCUAACAGGACCCCAAAAAAAUAUUUCGGCAGUACCAUAUUUGACUUCGAAACGAGUACAAGAGUGGCGGGAACGUGUUUAUACUCAAACGUUCGACGGUCCGGAUAUUUUAUUGAUGACCAAGGAUUUGACAAGACUUCUGUCAGCACAAUGUCUGACACUGGAAACUAUAUGAAAGUAACUUUUGCUUUUGAGAGCUAG